ACUACUCGUCAGGCCUAUCCACGCAGCUCGACAACCUCGACCUCUUCAUCUCCCAGGCCCGCUAUGAUCCGUCCAUCUCGUCUGCCAUGACCACCGGCUGGGAGGACGCUCUCCUGAAGCAUCUCGACAUGCGCUCCCUCAAGUUUGAGUAUGCCUCACUCUAUGCGCAGCUCGUCACGGAAUGGCUGUCCUCGGAAAAGACCGGGGCCAGCAAGCAUCCAACCCAGACUUCGGGUGCCACCACCCAAGACAACGACGACGUGGACGACGUGGGUAUGGCUGAUGCCGGCAACGACGAGGAAGAUGAUGAUGACUUUGAAGACCUCGCCCUUGCCGCCAAGAAGGAGGCCCGUGCCGAGUUUGAGCAGCAAGUCUUUACUGCUGCCGACCUCGACGAGCAGGCGCUGCAGGACUACCUUGCCGACAUCUUUGGCGUGGCCGACGCCACCGACCCAGCAUACUCAGGACACCAGGAAGCCCUCAAGGCGCUCCGGGAGAACAUCAAGUUUUCCGAGACGCUGCUUGCUUCGCCGAAUCAGUUCAACGAGCGCGUCUUGCGCUGGGUGUGCGAGGGCCUCAUCGUGUCCGGCUCGCUCUCGGACGAGAAGCGCCAGGUGCUCCAGGAUUUCAAGAACCAGCCCGUCAUCCUGGGAGAGGUGGCCGACGUGCUCAACAUGCGGAUCCAGUCGCUGGACACGUGGUCCUGGGGCCCGCACGGGGUCGGUGUUGACCAGGAGCGCCAGAUCAACGGUGUGUACAACGCCGUCAUGCGCGAGGACCUGCUGCAGGCCCUGCUCCUCUACUACAUCGGCUCCAAGAUCUCCACGUUUCUAAAGCAACACCUGAGGUCCUUCCGCAAGGCCAAAGAAGGCGCAUGGGCGUCACCACACCGCAAGAUGGACCCGCGGGAUCGGGCUCGCAGGCAGUACUACCUCCGCGGCAGAGGCAGCGCCAGAAACAGCAUACAGGGCCUGCGCGACAAAGUCUAUCGGAAGCACUACUUCCUCUCUGCCCUCAAGAAGACCGUGUCCGAGACGUCGCAGCACGUCGCGGGCGAGAUGGAGGCGCAGUACUCCGGGACCCCUUAUGCGACCUUCUCAGCGUCCUCGCCGCCGCCUCCCCCCGGGGCGAUGCCCCGAGCAGCAGCGCCGAUGAUGUCAAUGGCAAGGGCGGCGCCAGCAGUGGCCCACAAGAAAAUGCGCAAGAGGAUUGCGCAUCACGACCCGAGUGAUGAGAACACGGACUCAGAAACUGACAGUGCACCAGAUACCGACCACGAAGAGGACGUCGAGCAGGACGGUGGUGCCACCUCCCCACAGCAGCGCAACACCAAGAACUUGUCGGUUGUGAAGCAGCGCCUGCUUCGUCUGCUCUCAACCGAGGCCAUUAUUAACACCAAGCUCUACGGCGAGAUGACGGCAGUCCACGGCAUGUUCGACGACUGGAACGUACGCCUCCCGCAUCAGACCAUCCUUGGCGUGUUGGCAUUCAUGGGCUUCUCGCCAAAGUGGCUGGGCUUCUUCGAGCGCUUCCUCGCCGCGCCAUUGAGAUUCGGGGAAGACGGGCCUGAUGCGCCCCUACGCCCCCGCAGACGAGGCACGCCAGCCUCGCGGGUGCUGAGCGACGUCUUUGGCGAGGCCACGCUGUUCUGCCUGGAUCUGGGCGUCAAUAAGGCCACCGACGGCGCGCACCUGUGGCGCCUGCAGGACGAGUUCUGGUUCUGGUCGCGCGACCUCGCCGCGUCUGAGAAGGCGUGGAAUGCAGUCAAGCGAUUCGAAAAGGUCACAUCCACGAGCCUCAACAUGCAGAAAUCGGGCAGCGUGCGGAUCGACCUGAAAGACAGCAAGCCUCCGGCUCCCACCUCGUCCCUCCCUCGUGGUGACAUCCGCUGGGGCUUCCUGCGCCUGUCGCCCAGCACGGGCGCCUUUGAGAUAGACCAGAACAUGGUGGACAAGCAGAUCCUCGACCUGCGGAAGCAGUUGUACUCCAAGAGAGCCAGCAUCGUGGCCUUCCUGUCGUCGUGGAACACCUACGCGAGCACUUUUUUCACGCACAACUUUGGCAAGCCCGCCAACUGCUUCGGCAGGAAGCACGUCGAGGCCAUGCUGGCGGCGCACAGACGGGUGCAGACCCAGGUCUUUGCCGCCCAGACCGGGGCCGGGAUGGUCUCGCUCACGACGACGACAGGUCGGCAGCAGGAUGCCGAGUCCCCGACGAGCAUGGUGGGCUUCCUCAAGGAUGAACUCACCCGCAGGUUCGGCGUCGCCGACAUCCCCGACGCUUUCCUGUUCUUCCCGACCGACAUGGGCGGGCUGGAUUUGCGCAGCCCCUUUGUGGAGAUCCUGCAGGUGCACAAGACCGUACUGGCGGACCCGCGCGCGCUGCUGGACAGGUUCCUCGACGAGGAGCGGCGGGCGCACCGAACGCUCGAGAAGGCGUGGGAGGAGUCGGGCCCUCCGGCUAGUCAGCACGGUGAGUCGUCGGUAGGGCUGGGCAUGACUAGAGGAGAAGAUAGGCAGGUCUACGCCAAACGGUCGCGAUCCAUCGCUGGAUCAGGUGCAGAGGGCGGGGAUCAGGCUGAGACCGCGCUCGCGGACGAGUUCACGUUCCUCCCCUACGACGAGUUCGUCAAGUACCGCGAGGACCGCACGCCGUCCACAUCCACCACGAACAGAACCGGCUUCAUGGGGCUGGGCCAGGUAUACCGCGAGCUACUGCGCCUCCCUGCCGAGGACGGCGUGCACAAUGUGAGCCCCGCAGUGGCCGCGGCGAUUGAGAGCCUGGGAGGGAAUGCUAGUCCGGCGUACGGCGCCGUGAGCCGUGGUGAUGGUGGCGGCUCCUCCGGGGACGAAGGGAUCACGGGGUCGCUCAGCACGAUGAAGCCGUAUUGGAGGUGGAUUGUGGCCAUGUACGGGCCGGAAGUGGUGGCCAAGGUCGGCGGGCUGAGGAUCGUGGAGCCCGGCCUGUUGCCGAUGGGGAUGGUGAGGAUGUUCAAGGAGCGGAGAGUACAGUGGGAGGCGUGAUGGAGGAAUCGAGACUAUCUUUCACAUGUCACAACAUGAUUCGAACGUUCACGGUAUGCACAGAUUUUCCGAUCCGUUCUUCAGAAGUGUUUGAACCAGCAAUCACGCCUAAGCUGAUCCGCCUAAACUAUGGACCGUGGAUAGCCUCAAGGCCGGAUAUUCGGGGCUUCAUGACCUAUUCAUCCUCACAUAUUCAGCCGGAGGCUAGUCUCGUCAGACAAGAAUAAAGGAGCAUGGCUGAAGCUAGUUUGGGUAAAACGCAUAGGAAAUGACACAACAUAAAUCAUUCCGAGAAUAGCAGCCGGCAACAAAUUCUUGCCGGCCCCAUAGCCAUAUUAACGUGAUGGUCAAGAAGUGCCAUGCGAGCGAGCGACAUUAGUGUUGUCUAACGACAUGUUCUGUACCUGGGGUGUCUUGGGUC